AUGAAGGUCAGCCCUCCUGAUGGUAUUGGGAUUCAGCAGGCCACCCUUCUGAAUUGGGAAUCUGCACUGCGGACUCGCUCGUUCCACGUCGAAUUUCCAGAAGAUGAGGAGACGCCAGCUACACACACAGUCUCUGUACAACGGGACUUUGUCAGAAAGGAUGGUGGCCUUAACCUUGAGCACCGGUUUUGGCGGUCAGGGGGUUAUGUUGAGUUUCUAAUCAAUGAUAGGUUUCACGCAAUCCUUUCGCUGCGAUGGAUGCCCCUGGUUGCCCUCGUGUUCAUCACGGUGGUCAUUUGCGCUGCAAUCCUAUCGAUGAUUCUGUUUCUGGCUACGGAAGGAAAGGCGGAGGAGUGCCUAGGGGCUUCUAAUUCGCAGUGGGACUACUUCUUCUUCGUCGUCGAAACAAUGUUCGCAAUUGGCUAUGGUAGUCCAAGCGAAGAGGAAGUGGGCUCUGGCCUUCACUGAGAAGCUUGUCGUUUCCAGCGGGUACAUCGCCGAGGGGGACUUUCGAUCCGGCAAUUUUCCAUAUUCCACACCGACACACCCCUGGAAUUUAUGGCUUUACCCAUUACUGUCACUGUCGAUCAGAACGAUGCUGGAAGCCCCCUACGGGAUGUUACUGAAGCUCAGCUACGUAGUCAUGGUCACUGCUAUGAGCUGCUUGUUCUUUUGUCUUUUACUGACAACCGGACAUCCCGCACAGUGGAGGUCAGCAAAAGUUGGCGGCUAAGCACUGCUGUGUGGAACGAGACGUUUGUGCCUAUCGUGCGUCAGUCCGGACCACAAUCGUCGCGGGCAUUUGAGAUCGAUGUUGACAACCUAAGUACUACGCGAGUAUGUUUAUCCAUCACUGCCUCUCUUACACUCGUAUCCAACCCCGUUCAUCAGCAGGCCAAUCAGCUCACCUCCAGGAGGGCUUGCAGUAUGCGUUCGUUGUUUUGUUAUAUUUUUGUUGCAGGUGGUCAGUACGGAUUUAUGAUUUCUCCGGUCGUCGGCAUUAUUAUGCACGGGAUUGAAGAUUCUGGAUUUGUGCUUUCGGCGAGUGGGCUGGAGCAGGCAGUGCUGACCACAGACAAUAGCUUUGCUCACUUGCUAGAUAGUAGUGGCAAUGAGCAAGCGAUUGCAAUAAGGCAUCAUGCCAUUUGA